UUGCAUAGCAGCAGGUGGCGAUAUGGAGCUUUACUCCUACUAACAUUACCCACAGAAGAAGAUUUAACUGCUAACGCUAGGUUAAACAUUGCACGUUUAGGUAGAAGUGAGCAUCAAAAUGCUUCUACAGACGUUCAGACCAUGGUUGCUUCGCUGCAGGAGUAUACCUUUGGCGUGCACACGGUCUUACUACGCCGAUAAAGUAGCUCGACUCGGGUCUCAGCCGGAUAAACAGUCUUCUGAAUUUCAGGAGAAUUAUGAACGAAUGCAAGUGCUUGUUGAUGAACUGAAAAGCCGAACAGAGAAGGUUAAAUUGGGUGGGGGAGAAAAAGCCAGAAGACUUCAUACUUCUCGUGGGAAACUCCUGCCUAGGGAGCGUAUAGACAGACUGCUGGAUCCAGGGACCCCUUUUUUGGAAUUCUCUCAGUUCGCAGCAUAUGAGUUGUAUGGAAAAGAGGAAGUCCCUGCAGGCGGUAUCCUUACUGGGAUUGGGCGCGUUUCAGGGGUGGAAUGUGUUAUUGUUGCAAAUGAUGCCACUGUCAAAGGCGGAACAUACUAUCCAAUUACAGUGAAGAAACACCUUCGGGCACAGGAAAUAGCUCAGCAGAACCACUUGCCAUGCAUUUAUUUGGUGGAUUCCGGAGGAGCCAAUCUUCCCAGACAGGCCGACGUCUUUCCAGACAGAGAUCACUUUGGACGUAUUUUCUACAACCAGGCCAGGCUAUCUUCAGAGGGAAUAGCGCAGAUUGCUGUUGUGAUGGGCUCCUGUACUGCUGGAGGAGCUUAUGUGCCUGCCAUGGCAGAUGAGAGCAUUAUUGUGCGGAAGCAAGGAACCAUUUUCCUUGGAGGUCCUCCACUGGUCAAAGCUGCCACUGGGGAAGAAGUUUCUGCAGAGGACCUUGGUGGUGCUGACCUUCACUGCAAAAAAUCUGGUGUGACAGACCACUAUGCUUUAGAUGAUAACCACGCACUCCAUUUAGCAAGAAAGACAGUGAGAAACCUCAACUACAGAAAAAAUAUUGAGGUCACCACAGAACCUACUGAAGCCCCUCUCUACCCUGCAGAUGAACUCUAUGGCAUAGUUGGGGGUAAUUUGAAACGCAACUUUGAUGUCAGAGAGGUCAUCGCCAGGAUCGUAGAUGGCAGUAAAUUUGAUGAGUUCAAGGCUUUCUAUGGAGACACACUUGUUACAGGAUUUUCAAGAAUAUUUGGUUACCCUGUCGGAAUCAUUGGCAACAACGGAGUCUUGUUUUCAGAGUCUGCAAAAAAGGGAACGCAUUUCAUCGAAUUGUGCUGCCAACGAAACAUUCCACUUAUUUUUCUCCAAAACAUAACAGGCUUCAUGGUGGGUAGGGAGUAUGAAGCAGGAGGAAUUGCCAAGGAUGGAGCUAAGAUGGUAACUGCAGUUGCCUGUGCAAAUGUACCCAAGAUUACUGUUAUCAUUGGCGGUUCCUAUGGUGCAGGAAACUAUGGCAUGUGCGGCAGAGCCUACAGCCCUCGAUUCCUGUACAUGUGGCCAAAUUCCCGAAUUUCUGUAAUGGGGGGUGAACAGGCAGCCACUGUCCUGGCCACCAUCACCAAGGAUCAGAGGGCACGUGAGGGAAAAGAGUUCACAGCAGAACAAGAGGCUGCCAUGAAGAAACCAAUAGUGCAACGGUUUGAAGAGGAAGGCAGUCCAUACUUCUCUAGUGCUAGACUGUGGGAUGAUGGGAUUAUUGAUCCUGCUGAUACUCGUCUGGUUUUGGGACUGAGCCUCAGUGCAGCACUGAAUGCACCAACAAAGAAGACACGUUUUGGAGUGUUUAGGAUGUAAUGCUUUUUUAGCUUGAACAGGUGAAGACUUACCUCUUAGAGUUGAAUAUGUGCAGUACUUAUAGUUGUCGUAGUUUUACUUGUGAGGUGUCACCAGAUUACAAGCAACAAACACAGAAAAAAGAUGAAUCACUUA